AUGAGCAAUCCACACCCACUAGCCGCGCGCCCGACCUACACCACAGCCCAACUCGAACAGUACUUCGCCUCCCUCCCCGCCAACCCGCCACUCACGCUCGCCUCCUUCCAAAAAUGCAAGGCGAACGAACCGCUCGCCGCCCUGCACCGGCUGCAACUCCUGACCAUGGCCAUCUGCCCAUUUGGGUCCCUGGGCAUCCACUACUCCACCCACCACACUCUCAGUCUGGACACCGACGCCGUGUACCACAAGAUCGUCGAGCGUCGGCAGGGCGGCUACUGCAUGGAGAACAAUUGUUUUUGGUCCACCGUGUUACGAAGCCUGGGCUACGAGUGCUACGUGGUCGGAGCCCGUGUGAGCGCCGCGGAGGCCGGCGUGAGAGGCCUACCGGGCGAUGGGUUUGGGGGUUGGGGCCAUGAGGUGGUGAUCGUGCGGAUCCAGGGCGAGCGGUAUCUCAGCGACGUGGGCUUCGGUGGGCGGGGGAGUCAGCAGCCGAUCUUGCUGAAGGAGGGGGAGACGGGGAAGGGGAUGCCAGGGGUGACGCAGCGUUUGGCGAAGCGGCAGAUCGCGGAUUGGAGAUUCGUGGGGGCUGGGGCGGCGCAGGGUCAGGAGAAGUUGUGGGUUGUGGAUGUGCCGGAUGAGCGGGCGCCGGUGGAUGAAGUCAACGGGGAGCAGGUCUCGUAUCCGGAGGUGCAGGCGGAAAAGGGCUGGCGGCCGGCGUACUGCUUCGCGGACACGGAAUGGCUGCCGCAGGAUUUCGAGAUCAUCAAUUUCCGCAUGUGCCGGGACCCGACGAGCAUGUUUGUGCAGAAUCUGAUUCUGACGAAGCCGAUGCUGGAUGAGAAGGGGGAGAAGUGCGUCGGGCAGGUGACGCUGGUCAAGGCUGAGGUCAGCAGAAAGAUGUAUGAUAAGGACGGGCGGCCUAAGGAGAAGGAGCUGCUGGUGACUUGCACCAGCGAGGAGCAGAGGGUGAAGGCACUGGAAGAGUGGUUUGGUAUCAAGUUGAAGCCAGAGGAGGUCAGGGCGAUUGAAGGGUUUCCAACGGCGAUCAAAGGGUGA